CCCAGUCAGCCCCAGUGUGCUCUAGUGAAAUCCUCGUUCUGUCUGAACACUAAUAUUUAUGUAUUACUUCGUUUUUUUUAUAUAUAUAUAUAUAUAGAGUUUCUGUAAUAUAAUAUUGCUAUAAAUUAUAUAGUGUUUUUUAAAAAUGCUGUCUUCUACGUGGAACUUUAUUAAACGUCAUAAAAGGAAGUUUAUUUUCACCGGAGCGUUUGCUGGAGGUGUGUACCUGCUUGGGAAAUACGCCCAGCGAAAAUUCCAGGAGAUGCAGGAGCGCGAGACGUCGGAGUACAUCGCUCAGGCUCGGAGGCAGUUCCAUUUUGAAAGCAACCAGAGGACCUGUAACAUGACGGUGUUGUCUCUGCUCCCCACCCUGAGAGAGGCGAUCAUACACCAUCUGAACUCGGAGAGUCUCACGGCCCUGCUGAAGUCCAGGCCAGUUAACAAGAUUGAGAUUUGGGAGGAUCUUAAGACAAUCAGUUUCACUCGGAGCAUCGUGGCGGUGUACAGCACCUGCAUGCUGGUGGUGUUACUUCGCGUCCAGCUCAACAUCAUCGGUGGCUACUUGUACCUCGACAACUCGGUCACAAAAAACGGAACGACACCUAUGGCUCCUCCUGAAGUCCAGCAGAAGUACCUGUCGAGUAUCCAGCACCUUCUAGGAGAUGGGCUGAUGGAGCUGAUAACAACCGUGAAGAAAGCCGUGCAGGAGAUCCUGGGACCAAUCUCAUUAAAGCAGAGUCUGUCUUUGCAAGAACUAGAGGAGCACAUCAUUCAAAUCAGACGCCUGGUGGAAGAAAACUCCAGAGGCUCGCUCAAAUUCCGUCCGCUCUCCUGCUACAUGAUGGCCGACGAGGAGAACCUGUUAUCUGACCAGGCUCACGGUCUGACGGAGAACGACUUCACGGCGAUAAAGCUCCUGAACGAGACCAGGGACAUGCUCGAGAACCCAGAUUUCAGCACGAUACUUGGCGCCUGCCUGAACCGGGGCUUCAGCCGCUUUCUCGACAACAUGGCAGAGUUUUUCCGCCCUCCCAGAGGAGACUCCGCCCCCAGCAACACACCUGAUCAUAGCCUUUUACACGUGAGCCUCCCUCUCGCCAAAAUCAUUCCCAUCGCCAACGGACAGAUUCACUCGAUAUGCAGCGAGACCCCCAGCCAGUUCGUUCAGGACCUUUUAACGACCGAGCAAGUGAAAGAGUUCGCCGCCAACGUUUACGAAGCGUUCAGCAAUCCUCACGAACUGCAGAAGUAGAGCACGUUUUAACGCAUUCCCCCGGAAACAGCACGUUCCCUCGUUCCCUAGGAUGAAAAGGACGUGGUGUUUUUUUUUUCUUCCUCUUUUUUAUGAUUGGUCAUAAUUGGAGCUUUUUUUUUUUUUAAAUCACCGUGUCAACUCGUGCAUGCGGAUUUUUUUUUUCUUUUUUUUUUUUUCUUUUUUGAUAUAAAUAAAAUACAUAUUUUUCCCUGUACAGUUGUGAUAAAGAACGAAAGGGACUGUCGCUUUCUCCGAACAAAACUCUUCUUUUUUUUUUUUUUUUUUUUUUGAAGAGCACAGGAAAGUAUUUUCAGUAUUUUUCUUUUUUUUUUUUUUUUUUUUUACCUGAUACUGUAAAAUGUUAAUAAAUCUGCGAUUUUUUUUGUGAUUUUUUUUUGCUGAUUAUAAUAAUUAAUUAUUAUAAUUAUAAUAAUCUUAUUAUAAUAGAAUAAAAAACCUUAGAGAAGCUAAAUGCAUAUUAACUUAUUGACACUAAUAAAAAAAAUUAUAAAUGAGAAUAAAUUCUUAUUCAUGAA